CGACGAACGCUCACGGAAGAUGCAAAAGAAAAAGGACCCGCUGGCAUCUUUCUGAAAGAUAUCCGCCAGUGACAUCCACCUGAGGCUUGCCGAAUGUCAACCCCUCUGUGAAGAUGAGACCAUGGUUCCGGUUGUGACUUCGAAAAAAGCCAGUGAACUACCUGUGAACGAGGUGGCCUGUGUACUGCAGGCUGAUCUGCAGUUUGGUCUCACCCAGGAGGAGGUAGCACGACGCCGCGCUUACCAUGGAUGGAACGAGUUUGACAUCAGUGAAGAUGAACCACUCUGGAAAAAAUACAUCUUGCAGUUUAAAGACCCUCUCAUCUUGUUGCUGCUGGCUUCCGCUGUAAUCAGUGUGUUGAUGCGACAGUUUGACGAUGCUGUCAGUAUCACCGUGGCCAUUAUUAUUGUUGUUACAGUUGCCUUUGUACAGGAAUACCGCUCAGAAAAAUCCCUGGAGGAGCUGGGAAAACUUGUGCCUCCAGAAUGCCACUGUGUUCGAGAAGGACAUCUGGAACACCUUCUGGCACGAGAGCUUGUCCCAGGAGACACCGUCUGUCUGUCUGUGGGAGAGAGAGUCCCGGCCGACCUGCGCCUGUUCGAGGCGGUGGAUCUGACGGUUGACGAGUCCAGCCUGACAGGAGAAACCGCCCCCUGCACCAAGACCUCCGCCCCACAGCCAGCUGCCACCAAUGGCGAUAUCACAUCCCGAAGUAACAUUGCCUUCAUGGGUACCCUGGUGCGAUGUGGGAAGGCCAAGGGCAUUGUCAUCGGUACUGGAGAAAAUUCUGAAUUUGGUGAGGUUUUUAAGAUGAUGCAAGCAGAGGAGGCUCCCAAAACCCCCUUACAGAAAAGCAUGGAUUUGCUGGGAAAACAACUCUCCCUCUAUUCCUUCGGGAUUAUUGGGGUGAUCAUGAUGGUUGGAUGGCUUCAGGGGAAGAACAUACUAGACAUGUUCACAAUAGGUGUUAGCUUGGCCGUGGCAGCUAUCCCAGAGGGCCUCCCCAUCGUGGUGACAGUCACUCUGGCCCUGGGAGUGAUGAGGAUGGUAAAGAAACGGGCGAUCAUCAAGAAGCUGCCCAUAGUUGAGACACUGGGCUGCUGUAAUGUCAUCUGCUCAGAUAAGACAGGCACUCUUACUAAGAAUGAGAUGACAGUCACUCACCUGUUUACCUCUGAUGGACAGCACGCUGAGGUCACCGGCGUUGGGUACAACAAUGCUGGUGAGGUGUUGCUGGAUGGUGAAAUGGUGCAUGGCUUCUCCAACACUUCCAUCAGCAAGAUUGUAGAGGCUGGCUGUGUGUGCAAUGAUGCAGUGAUCAGGAACAACACUCUGAUGGGACGUCCCACCGAGGGUGCCCUCAUUGCCCUUGCUAUGAAGAUGGGUUUGGAGGGUUUGCAGCAGGAGUUUGUGCGAUUGGAAGAGAUUCCCUUCUCCUCAGAGCAGAAAUGGAUGGCAGUCCGUGUCGUCCAUCGCACUCAGCAGGACAAGCCUGGUGUGUUCUAUGUGAAGGGCGCCUACGAGCAGGUCAUUCGCUUCUGUACUUCCUACAACAGUAAAGGAGUCAGUCUGCCUCUGAACAAUCAGCAGAGAGAUCUCUACCAGCAACAAAAGAGCUACAUGGGCACUGCGGGUCUCAGAGUGUUGGCGUUUGCCUCUGGAUCUGAGAUGGGCGCUCUCACCUUCCUUGGGCUGGUGGGAAUCAUUGACCCUCCCAGAGCGGGAGUGAAAGAUGCCAUUACAACACUGAUCAGCUCUGGUGUGGCGGUGAAAAUGAUCACAGGCGAUUCUCAGGAGACUGCAGUAUCAAUUGCAAGUCGGCUGGGCCUCUACACCAAAGGUUCCCAAUCUCUGUCUGGAGAUGAAGUCGACCAGAUGGACCUCCAGCAGCUCUCUCAGAUAGUGCCCAGGAUAGUGGUAUUCUACAGAGCCAGCCCAAGACACAAGUUAAAAAUAGUUAAGUCCUUACAGAAUAUCGGUGCAGUUGUUGCCAUGACAGGAGAUGGUGUUAAUGAUGCAGUGGCACUGAAGGCAGCGGACAUCGGUGUGGCUAUGGGUCAGACCGGCACUGAUGUCUGCAAGGAGGCAGCAGACAUGAUCCUUGUGGAUGAUGAUUUUCAAACCAUCAUGUCUGCCAUUGAAGAGGGGAAAGGGAUUUACAACAACAUUAAAAACUUUGUGCGCUUUCAGCUGAGCACGAGCAUUGCUGCUCUCACCCUCAUCUCCUUAGCAACGCUUAUGAACUUCCCCAACCCUCUGAAUGCCAUGCAAAUCCUCUGGAUAAACAUCAUCAUGGAUGGACCUCCAGCUCAGAGUUUGGGUGUGGAGCCUGUCGAUCGGGAUGUGAUCAGGAAACCCCCGCGGAAUGUACGAGACAGCAUCAUCACGCGCAGUCUGAUAGUGAAAGUCCUCGUGUCAUCCUUCAUUAUCGUGUGCGGAACUUUGUUUGUGUUCUGGAGAGAGCUGCGGGACAAUGAGAUCACACCACGGGACACCACCAUGACGUUUACCUGUUUUGUGUUCUUUGAUAUGUUCAACGCUCUCAGUUCCAGAUCACAGACACGGAUGGUGCAUGAGAUGGGCUUAUGCAGUAACAGGAUGUUCUGCUACGCUGUGCUGGGCUCUAUCAUGGGCCAACUGCUGGUUAUCUAUUUCCCUCCUCUGCAGAAGGUCUUUCAAACUGAGAGCCUCAGCAUUUUAGAUCUGCUAUUCUUGGUGGGCCUCACGUCCUCUGUGUGCGUGGUGUCUGAGGUUAUAAAGAAAUUAGAGAGACUCAAAGGUGGAGAGAAAACUACAGACAAUGAGGAUUUCCAUGACGUAUGACGCAUAUUGUGUCACAUGCAGAGAAUGUUGGGAGGGGCUUGAAGGGUGACGGGGUGUUGUUUGGAAUGUCGUCUGGGCUGGUCUCAUACCAUACGAUACAAAUAGGAGCGAGCCGUCGAGUCCGUCCUGUAUGUACAGUUCCUUUUUUAGGGUCAUCAUGACCAGCAAAAAUGGAGCUGAUUUUGGAAGAAUGCACUGGCCUGUACCCUUGGAGAUGCUUGGGAGUGCUGCUUUAUGACUGUACUACUACUACCUGUGGGAUCUGGACAAACUUAAUUUAUAAGAUACUGUAUCUGUCCAUACAGUGGCUGUCUUGAUUUCAUGAUUUAAGCGAUGUAUUAUGUUUUAUUUAUAUAUAUAUACAUACACACACAUACACACUGUCGGACAAAUGUUUGGAAUAAUGUACAGAUUUUGCUGUUUCAGAAGGAAAUUUGUAUUUUAAUUCACCAAAGUGGCAUUCAUCUGAUCACAAAGUAUAGUCAGAACAUUACUGAUGUAAAAAACAGCACCAUCACUAUUUGAAAAAAGUCAUUUUUGAUCAAAUCUAGACAGGCCCCAUUUCCAGCAGCCAUCACUCCAACACCUUAUCCUUGAGUAAUCAUGCUAAAUUGCUAAUUUUGUACUAGAAAAUCACUUGGCAUUAUAUCAGACACAGUUGAAAGCUAUUUGGUUCGUUAAAUGAAGCUUAACAUUGUCUUUGUGUUUGUUUUUGAGUUGCCACAGUAUGCAAUAGACUGGCAGGUCUUAAGGUCAAUAUUAGGUCAGAAAUGGCAAAAAAAGAAACCGCUUUCUCUAGAAACUCGUCAGUCAAUCAUUGUUUUGAGGAAUGAAGGCUAUACAAUGCUUGAAAUUGCAACUGGCUCUAACAAGGACAGAAAGAGAUGUGGAAGGCCAGAUGUACAACUAAACAAGAGGAUAAUUACAUCAGAGUCUCUAGUUUGAGAAAUAGAUGCCUCACAUGUCCUCCGCUGACAGCUUCAUUGAAUUCUACCCGCUCAACACCAGUUUCAUGUACAACAGUAAAGAGAAGACUCAGGGGUGCAGGCCUUAUGGGAAGAAUUGCAAAGAAAAAGCCACUUUUGAAACAGAAAAACAAAAAGAAAAGGUUAGAGUGGGCAAAGAAACACACAUUGGACAACAGAUAAUUGGAAAAGAGUGUUAUGGAUCUUAACCCCAUUGAGCUUUUGUUGGAUCAGCUAGACUGUAAUGUGUGUGAGAAGUGCCCGACAAGACAGCCACAUCUAUGGCAAGUGCUACAGGAAGUGUGGGGUGAAAUGUCACCUGAGUAUCUGGACAAACUGACAGCUAGAAUGCCAAGGAUCUGCAAAGCUGUCAUUGCUGCAUGUGGAGGAUUUUGGGAUGAAAAAGUAGUAGAAGUAGUUUAAUUUUUUUUUUUUCAAAUUGUAAUAGUAAUUUUUCUGAUUAUUAAUGUUCUGACUAUACAUUGUGAUCAGCUGAAUGCCACUUUGGUGAAUAAAAGUACCAAUUUCUUUCCAUAAGAGCAAAAUCUGUACAUUAUUCCAAACUUUUGGCCACCGUUUUGUGUGUGUGUGUGUGUGUGUGUGUGUGUGUGUGUGUGUGUGUGUGUAUGUAUAUAUUAGAAGUAUUUGGUCUUUUUAAAUCUUUCUUUGAGCAUUUCUGGUUAGAGGUUUGUGGAACAGUAUGUAAAAUACCUUUUUGCUUUCGAAUUCUAAAUAAUGCUUGAAUAAUCAUUUAUUUUCUUUGCAUAGGAGAAUGCUGUAAAUCUGUGUUCAUGAGAAGAUGAUUAUUUCAGUAUACGAUGGAACGGACCACUUAAAAUCAUGUUUUAGGUCACCCUAAAACUUGUGUGGUGAUGUAAGGUUAUUUACACUGACAACUGGAUAAGCAUAAUUUUACAUUCAUGGUACAUACAUUUUAUAACACCAUGAAACAGCCAGACUGUAGAGACUGGACUAUACACUGCAAAAGUCAGAUUUUAUAAUCUGCAUAUAGAUUACUUGUUUUGGAAGAUUACAGGAGCCCCCUUAAUGAUGGCAUUGAGAUUACAGGGCUCCAUUUUAUGAUUGCCUCCAAGUACAUGCACUAUAAGUUUGAAGCCUUUAAGAUUUACAAAUACGCAAUUCUCAGUUCAACAGUACUUGCACAGAAUCUACACUAUAUUUCAAUUCUUUUCAAAUAUUUUUUUUUUUCUCCCCAAUUUGGAAUGCCCAAUUCCCAAUGCGCUCUUAAUCCUCGUGGUGGCGUGGUGACUCUCUUCAAUCCGGGUGGCGGAGGAUGAAUCUCAGUUGCCUCCGCUUCUGAGACCGUCAAUCCGUGCAUCUUAUCACAUGGCUUGUUUGGCUUUUCCUAUCCUGUUAUAUAAUUUCUUGCCAUGUUAGCUGAACAAUUUGUAGUACAUAAAAUUUUACUGAUAUAUUUGUUGGUUAAAUGGUUGAUAAUUGUAUUAAAUGUUGGAGUGCAGAAUUAUUGGAUAGACUUCUAAUUAAACCCCCAUGCUGAAAACCCUCAGUGCAGCCCAUCAUAUUACUUCAUUUCCCUUUGCCAGCACGGUCUUGUUACUGAGGUACAGGUAAAGAUGAUACACUGAGUUUUUGCAGUAUGUAAUAAUAUUUCUUCUUAUUGAUGGACACUUUGUCCAUAUUUAUUAAUUAGUGGAAAUUAUUUUCCGCCCGUUCUGUUUUCAAGCACAGCUCUUGCUGUGAGAAAACACAGCAACAUACAUGUAUAGUAAAGUAUAAAUACAAGACAUGAAGGGUGACAUGUUAAAGAUUAUUUUAUUUGUCAUUUUUUGUUUUCUCUAUUUGUAAGAUUAUAUUUAUUUUAUUGUGGUUUGCACAGCUGAAACCAGUAAUCUGUUGUGGUUAUUUCAAAACACAAUUGUACAAUAAAAUUUUUACAAAUUUAAACAA